AUGUCAAGCCUGGGAGAAGCCAAAGAUGUCGAUUUAUCUGUUGAAGACGAAGUAAGCUCGAGGCGUGGCUAUACAGCUGUUAUCACCAGUUCCAAAGUAUCCAAAAAGGCCAAGCGUAAUGCUUUAGACCUUCUCAAUGAUGAGCUUGACGGGGAUACACCUCGGCAUUACCUUGAUGAGGCUCCGGACCAGAGUAAAGACCAGGAAAAGGCUGAUCGCAAAUCUCAGGACAACACUUUAAGUGAAAGUGACUAG